ACUUAACACACACAACAUAGCAAAAGUGUGUACAGCCUAUACAUAUGAAUGCAUUUAAAUAAUAUGUGAAUGUUUCAAAAGGUUGCAAUAUACAUAAACAAUCAUUCUAUUUUGGGUAAUAUUUGCUUUUGAUUUCGUAAAGAACAUUAGGCCUUUAGCACAACUAUUAAAAAAUGUGUGAGCACGUUGUUUUGUGUUAUUUUCGCAGGUGAGACACACCUACUGACGGAACGCGGUAGUUUAGUGAAACACGACUGACUUGAUCGUCUCAUUGACACUCACUAUAGUUUCACUCGUAACUUCACAGUCUGUCUGUUUAGUUUUGGACAUUUGCAGCUCGUGGGAUCACACAGAUUCAGACCUACAACAAUCAAAACUAUGUCGCAGCGGAGCAGAUCGUCCACCAGGCGGCGCCAGUGGGCGGGGAUGAUGUCACGCUGGACUCUGUUGGGUGUUUUUGAGAUUGAUGAAGAGCAUGAGUUUUAUGAGCUCAACCGUAUGAUGAAGAGAGGGCUUUCAGCUGCAGUACAGAACGCUCCCGAUGACCCAGCAUCUAAUGAACUUUCAUCUGAUGAUUUCACCAAAGAGGAAACUGAUAUACAUGAGGGUUUUCUGAUGCAAACAUUUGCUGGUCCUGCGUUUGCAAACCUGCGUCGUUCUGUGAACAUCAGUGAGGAAGAGUAUGAGACUUCACUGGCCUCACCGGAACCGUACCUGCAGUUUAUCAGUAACUCCAAGAGCAAAGCCGACUUCUUCAUCACGCAUGACAGAAGAUUCUUCCUGAAAACGCAGAAUAAAAGAGAAAUUAACUUUCUUCUGACCAACUUAAGAAUUUAUUUAGAGCACCUUCACAAAUACCCCCAUUCACUGCUGGUGAAAAUACUGGGUGUGCAUCGUCUUAUUUCAGGCGAAACAAAGAAAUAUUUUAUUGUGAUGCAAAGUGUCUUCUAUCCUGAUGUGAGGGUCAUGGGCAGGUAUGACAUCAAGGGUUGUGAGGUGGGCCGUUGGACAGAUCCCACUCCUAAGAAAGACGAAGCAAUAGUUAUUUUAAAGGACAUGAACUUCGAGGGACAGCACAUCACUCUUGGAGAACAGAGCUCAUGGUUGGUUCGACAGGUGGAGAUAGACACAGCGUUUCUCCGCUCGCUGAACGUGCUGGACUACAGUCUUCUGUUAGCUCACCAGCCGCUACAUAAAGACGAGGUGGAUCAGAAACAUCAUCUCGCCAAUCUAGUUUGCCGCACUGCCAUAUCUCUGGAUCAGAACCUCCCAACUCACGCUCGCUCGUUCAGCAGCAGUUCAGAAGAGAGAGACUCUCACACGCUGGUGUCUCAACAUGAAACCGCAGAAGAUGGUCAGUUGCAUCACCAGUACGGAGCUCAUUCUCAGGACCCUAAGCAGGUGGAGACGCAGAACAGGAGACUGCUGCCGGACUUCAGAAACCCUCUUCACGUGAUCGAUGGACCUCACUCCAGAUAUUUUGUGGGCAUUAUCGAUAUUUUCACAGAAUAUGGAUUAAAAAAGAAGCUUGAGAAUCUAUGGAAGAGGAUGAAGUAUCCGAGGCGAGCGUUUUCCACAGUAAGCCCCUCUGCUUACUCUUUGAGAUUCGUUCAGUGGGUUGAAAAGCACACAAAGUAGGAUUCUAACACCGUGUCUACACCGGACGCGACGAGACACGACAAAGGACAACAGAAACUCACUGAAACCCAUUAUAGUUUUACAUUUUGUCCACACUGGAUGCGGAAAAACUGGAUGUGAAACAACAAACUAACGUUAAUACCGUAGAUAUUGAUAACUGUACAAUUGUUCCUGACCAUCUGAUAUAUUUAAUUUAAAUGAUAGUUUUUCAUGUCUGCAAUAAA